GCCAGCCUCCGAGCAGUUAUCAAAGAAUCAGUCUGUUAUUUCAGCGUGCUCGUCUGGCUCGCGGGUAUUUAAAGCGUCUCAACAUGGAUGUCUUGCGCGGUGGAAAACUUGGACAUGUACUUUUGUGUCUGUUUGCCUUGGAGGGGCUUCUUGUGAAUGGUUUAUCGUUGGAAGCAGAUUUGUCAGUGUUAUCCGAGCUGCUGCCUGGCGUGUACAGCAACUCCAAGCAGUAUAUGGCGGAGGCAGGGGUCCCGCCAGCUAAAGGCCACAUGUUGAUGAAGACCGUCAUCCGUCCUGUAGAUGUUUCCUUCCUCGGACAUUCCUUCAGUGUGUUUGUUGAGCAGUACAGCGGCGCUGAUAGUGUUCCCUAUCGUCAAAGGUUGGAGAGUUUCUCUGUGGAUGAGACUCAGCGCGCAAUACGCUUGAGAACCUUCAACUUUGCCAAUGCUUCAAUGAUUCCCAAGUUCUCCAGAAACCUGAAUCUGUUGAGGAAUCUCAGUUUAUCCGACGUGGUGACACAACAAGGAUGUGAUAUGUUCUGGAGGAAGUUAAAGAAGAGGACAUUUGUCGGUGCAACCGGACGCGGAUGCCUGGGUAGCGUGAGACGGGAACCGGUAAGAAUUUCUGUAUCGUCGACUUUGACCUCAAAGAUGCUAACAACUCAUGAGGGUUGGUACAGGGUCAAGGACGGUGCCAAGGUCAUGGAGAUUGAGGUGCCAUACAACCUGAUCAAGGUCAAGAAGAUGUCAGGAUCCAGAUAUAUUCCACGUGCAGUCAGUCCCCGAGUGCGCAUGUCCAGGCACCUGAUACAAAACGAUCUGCCCCAAGACCGACCUAAAUACAUGAGGCGGAAGAACCCUAAGUUCAGUCAUAAGCAUCGGAAGCAAACCACCUACCUCAGUAGCAUCCCAACAUCCAACAGCGCAUGGACACUGCGCACCUUCCGGGGACUUCUGGAUGCCCUGAGUUCCGGUCGGGCGGUAUACUUUAUCAUGGAGUUGUCACGAUGUAUGCUGCCUUCCCAGGCAAAGAUCGAGAGAACAUCUUUCGGGGACGCCAUCGACGUCUUCGAGCAUGUAAAGCAAAUGAGGGGGAGACGGAGAGAGUUUAUCAAGUUUAGUCAACGAAAGUUUCAGCAAAGUUCCAGAGGAUACGAAACUGCUGUGAGAGAAAUUACAGUCUUCCGCAAUGGCAAAGUGAUCGUGCGACUGCGUAUGACAAAACCAGACAGGGUCCCAGUUACAUACGCAGCAAGCUGCAGGAUCUAUGAUUAUGACGCCAGUUCCGGGGAUGUGAAAUUCUCCACGGACCCUUUCAAGAAUGUGAGGAGAAUCAAGACGUUUGGUUUUCUGAGGUCAUCGUUGAAGAAGGGUCGACGAGUUCGGAUGGCAGUGGACUUUUCCAAAUGUUCCGGAAACAGUCCGACCACCAUGACGGAAAUUGGCGGAGAGAUACGAGGCUACGACUUCAUCAACUCUGGAAAGGGGAUUGAAUUUUCAUUGGCGAGACCAGAGCUGGACUUGUCACGUGACGGAAUAUCACAGCGCUUCCUGCUUGGUCGUGUUUUACACAAUGGUGACGUCAUAUUUACAGACAUCGGCGAUGAACAUUCCAAUUCUCUUAACCAAAACGAGCAUCACUAUAAGUGUUCCCUUAGAGGCAGCGAAUCGGCAGAAAAACCUGGCGAAAAAUCAGUGAAACUUUAUUACCUGUGAAAAGAUUUCGUAAAAUAACUUUAAUAUUUAGUAUCAUCGCUUCAUUACACGAUUUGUGAAGAUGUUAAGAAGAGCUUUGUCAAUAUCUUUGAUAUCAUGACGUCAGCGUUAUUCAAAUCUCUGAGUGUAACAUGUUACAUCACUUGUCGUUUCUAUGCAACUCACAUUUUGUUAUCCAGUGAAACAAUUUGGCUGAAAUGAAAAAAUAAUUAUGAAAUGUUUUUUUUUAAUUUCCUCAUUAAUAUUUGAUAUGUAAAUGAUUUAUGGGAUAUUUAAAUAGUGAUGAAAUCUAUGAUUACUCUGUAUAUCUUGCUACUGUAAAAACCCUAUGUGUAUAUACCAGCAACUCUUUGUAUAGCGAGUGUUCUCAUGUUCUUAAUUUAAGUUUGUGACCGGGAAUGAAGUUGUGAUCAUUUGUCGUGAAAUGUAAAUAAAUAAAUAAAUGAACCUUACUGAUAACAUA